AAGUAACCUAAUAAUCAGAUUCUUUCGUUCCCAAUUCUCACCUCCAAGUCCAAAGUUUAUCCUUCUAUUGUCUGCUUAAGACUUGAGAGAGGGCUUCUUAAUAAUGGCUUCAAAGCGAAUCAACAAGGAGUUGAAGGAUCUGCAGAAGGACCCUCCCGUUUCAUGCAGUGCUGGCCCUGUUGCUGAUGAUAUAUUCCACUGGCAAGCAACGAUAAUGGGCCCAGCAGACAGUCCCUUUGCUGGAGGAGUGUUUCUUGUUGCAAUUCACUUCCCCCCAGACUAUCCUUUCAAGCCGCCCAAGGUUUCUUUCCAGACAAAGGUUUUCCAUCCUAAUAUCAACAGCAACGGAAGCAUCUGUCUUGACAUUCUCAAGGAGCAAUGGAGUCCUGCCCUCACCAUAUCCAAGGUGCUUUUGUCUAUAUGCUCACUGCUUACAGAUCCAAAUCCGGAGGAUCCUCUGGUGCCCGAGAUUGCUCACAUGUUCAAGACUGAUAGAGCCAAAUAUGAGACCACUGCCCACUCUUGGACCCAGAAAUAUGCUAUGAAUUGAGGAUGGCAUGACCUUGGCUGGAUAUUACAACACCUUCUAUUAGUUUUUGGUUUUUGUGGAUUUUAAAGUUUUUUUAAAUUUUAGUUUAGAUAAGCUUUAUAAAUAUACAGAUGAAUCAAUGUUGAAUGCUGAAUUGAGUUGAAAUUAACGAGUAAGAGUGGGUUGUGCUGGGC